UAAAGAAAAAUAACUCAGGGAAAGCAAUGACUAAUGCGUCCAACAGGACAGUUUAGCGGUCGAAGACUGUUAAUUAUUAGAUCUUGCGUUGCAGAGUUGACAAAGUCACGACAGUUUUGAAGGAGGGUCGCUGGACCCGAAACGUUAACUCUGUUAUCGCUCCAAAGGCGCUGCUCGACCUGCUAAAGUCUUUUCCCCCCAGCAAUUUCUGUUUUUGUUUCUGAUUUCCAGCAUUAGGAGUUCUUUAGGUUUUUGUUUUGUAAUUAACAAAGUGUUGGAUAGUGAAUAAUAAUGAAGAGAAAAAAAAGAUGCGGGAGUUGGAAGGUUUGAGGUGGAGAAAGGAAUCUUGGCUUUCCAUUUUGCUGGGAGGUGUGUUCUGGUGGGAGGUUGGGGGAGGUGGGGGAGAGUGGCUGAAAGUGACAGCUCAGCAGAAAUUGACUACAAGUCCCAGGGCUCAGCGGAGCAGGCGGAUGGAGAGGAGCGCCCUCCCCCUGCCGGAGAGAUCUGGAAGUUCAGCUCGCCCAGAGCAGGUGUUCGUUCAGUCAGCAGCCCUGAGCCAGCCCGGCUCAGCCCCCAGACCGGCUCCGUCUCAGUCCGCUGAGCGAACCCAAUCGGGGCAGCAGCUCGCAAGGUGAGAGCCGGGGGUGGGUGGGUGGGGGGUCGGGGAGGAUCCAGGACGCCAGUGGACUGCGUGCGAACCGGCCUGACCAACUCGGUGCCCGCGGUGCAGGAUGCUCCCUGCAUUUUAAUCCAGCAAUGAUCCCCGAGCAGCGCAAUCAUGUUGCUACCAUCGAGAACAUCCCGGCCGAAGCCAUCAGCGCAUCGCCGACCGUGCUGCAGAGGAUAAGGAAAGUCUUCACCAGAGAGCUGCUGCUGUCGUUGGCACUGGGCCAGGUGCUGUCAUUGUUGAUCUGUGGUAUAGGCCUGACUAGCAAGUACUUGGUGGAGGACUUCCAUGCCAACACUCCAGUAUUUCAGAGCUUUCUUAACUACAUCCUCCUGUUCCUGGUUUACACAACCACAUUGGCCGUACGGCAAGGGGAAGAGAAUCUGUUGGCAAUAUUAAAACGAAGAUGGUGGAAGUAUAUGAUCUUGGGAUUAAUAGAUAUAGAAGCCAACUACCUUGUAAUAAAGGCUUACCAGUAUACAACCCUGACUAGUGUGCAGUUGCUCGAUUGUUUUGUUAUCCCAGUGGUACUGUUGCUGUCCUGGUUCUUCCUGCUGGUGAGAUACAAGGCUCUUCACUUCAUUGGAGUCGGGGUGUGUCUACUGGGGAUGGGAUGUAUGGUGGGGGCUGAUGUUCUUGUUGGGAGACAUCAAGGAACUGGCGAUAAUAAACUGCUUGGAGACUUGCUAGUAUUGGCAGGAGCUACAUUAUAUGGAAUUUCCAAUGUCUGUGAGGAAUUCAUUGUGAAGAACUUGAGUCGGGUGGAAUUUCUAGGAAUGAUUGGACUGUUUGGCUCUUUCUUCAGUGGCAUACAGUUGGCUAUAAUGGAACAUAAGGAACUGCUAAAGGUACCGUGGGAUUGGCAGAUAGGACUUCUCUAUAUUGGUUUCAGUGCCUGUAUGUUUGGUCUAUACAGCUUCAUGCCUGUAGUCAUUAAACGAAGCAGUGCUACCGCUGUCAACCUCUCCCUAUUAACAGCAGAUAUUUACAGUCUAUUUUGUGGGUUAUUCCUUUUCCAAUACAAGUUUUCAGGUCUCUACCUUCUGUCUUUUUUCACAAUCAUUCUUGGGUUAAUAUUCUACUCUUCCACUUCCACAUAUGUGGCUCAAGAUCCACGUGUAUACAAGCAGUUUCGUAACCCUGCUGGCCCUGUAGUAGAGAUGCCAACCACUGGACAAGUGGAGCCAUCAGUCACAUACUCCAGCCUAGGACAGGAGACUGAGGAAGAAGCCCAUGUUCGAGUUUCAUGAGGAGGCACCGACGAUGCUCCCUGCACUUCAAUGUCUUUGCAUUCCUGGAAUUUCUUUUUGUUUACAUCACCGCAUUGCCCCUAAUUUCAGUUUAUUGCAUUUUAAUAUUUAUUUUACAAACCAAAUUUCUAGACUUCUUUUUACUAAUUGUAGGGUUUAGUAAAUUGUAAUUUGAAACAAUUCGGUUUAAUGUGUCAGUUCACUGACUAAGAGUUUUUAAGUGGGUUGCAAUCAAUUGAUGGUUUUAAAAAGUGCCAUCUAAAACAUUUUUAUAAUAUAUGUCACUACCACUGUCUGGGAAUAAGGGGAUUUUAACAGAGUUUAAAUAUGCACUGUAUUUUUUUUCUCAAUUCCAAUCAUUCCCAUUGUUUUGCACAUAAAUGUUUCCAUGUUAAGGCCAUCUAAGAAAUCAUUUAAAGGGUGAUGUUAUCUUUCUAUAUGAAAUGCCAUUAUAUGACCUCUGAACCUGUGUCAAUCUAGGGUGGGCUAUUGUAUAGUUUAGAAUUUGCUAACUUGUGCUGUUAACAUUUUGACAAGUUGUGUAGUACCUUAAUGUUGCUUUAACAAUUAGUAUUCCUCACAGUUAGAUUACAAUAAGUAUGAACUGUACCCCAUGGGUAGAAGUCUGCUGUAAAAUAAAGAAAAGAUAAUAACACAAUACAGUUAAAACUCAACACCAUUAUAAGAAAACAAACCAAAAAAUGAACAGUUCAAUUGAAAGAAGCCCUUUAUCUUUUUGAUAUCUGCAUGCUCUUUAUGGACUGGCUUUGGCAAUGUAAUGCCUGUAUGAUGUUUUCAAAUAAAUGCUUUAUGAAAGAUAAUAUCACAACACAGACUCCAGCCCAGUACUUGCAAUGGUCACUGAACAAAUCUGAUUUGGGAACAAAAGGCAUUUUUGUCUGUACUUAUUGUAAUAAAACUUCAACUGACAGUUAUUCACCUCAACCAAACAAUAGGAGUUGUUGUGUCUCUGAUUGGAUUUUAUGGACAAUUGCUAAAUUGAGAAAAUGUCAGAAUGCAUAUAUGUGGGUUUUUUUGGCAAAUGUGAUUGCUGUGUAAAAUGUAGACACUUAAUUAUAUUUUUGAUUAAUUUAA